AUGCCUGGACGUUUCUCUGGAAAGGUGGCAAUAAUCACUGGAUCUUCAUUUGGAAUUGGAAGAGAAACUGCUCUUUUAUUUGCUAAAGAAGGUGCCAAAGUGACAGUAACUGGAAGAAGUGAAGAACGACUCGAAGGAACAAGAAAAGUUUUGAUUGAUGCUGGAAUUCCAGAGAGUAAAUUUCUGAUUGUUGCUGCUGAUAUUACAACUUCCUCUGGACAAGAUUCUCUGAUUGCUGAAACAUUGAAACAAUUUGGAAAGAUUGAUAUUCUGGUGAAUAAUGCAGGAGCUUCAAUUCCAGAUUCGAAGAAGAGAACUGGAGUGAAUCAAGGAAUUGAAACAUAUGAACAAGUUAUGAAGUUGAAUGUUCAAAGUGUUAUCGAAAUGACACAAAAGAUUCGACCUCAUUUGGCUAAAAGUAAAGGAGAUAUUGUCAAUGUUUCCAGUAUUGUUGCUUUGAGCUUUGGAUGGGCUCGUACUCCAUACUAUCCACUGGCUAAAGCGGCACUCGACCAGUAUACAAGAAGUGCUGCAAUCGAUCUGAUUUCAGAAGGAAUUCGAGUGAAUACUGUCAAUCCGGGAGUUGUUCAAACUGGGUUCCAUUAA